ACGUCACCGAAGCUGAAAUUGUAGAAGCGUCAUUUCAAACCAUCAUAGCUGGACAGAGCUUUCGGGGCUCUCGUGAGAGUUAUUUUCCCUUCUUUUCUUUGCUUCCACCACUGAGUCCUGGACGCAUACCGCACUAUUUCGUAGCGGAAAAAGUUGUAUCGAUGAAUUGAGUACUGCGCUGUAAGGCCUCGGGAAUAUAACUCAUCCGCUGAUUUCCGUUGUCGAACGGAAUGACUGGAACUCCGAUAAAAGCGACCUCACAAACCAACCAUGCACUUCCACCAUUCCAAAGAGGCUCCGUCUGGCUUAGACCCUGCUUUCGGUGCAGAAGUGUCAUUAGAGACGACAACCACAACACGAGAAGAAUGGAUCAGCUCACAUUGCACCGGGAACAAGAAAGCAUUGUUGAUUGGGAUUAAUUAUUCUGGCACCGAUAGCUCACUCGAUGGAUGUCACUCAGACGUGUCGCGGAUGUAUAAGUUCAUUACUCAAACAUAUGGUUUUCUGGCAGAAAAUAUCGUCGUACUCAAGGACUCGAGCAAGCUUGAGGAUGAAUACCAGCCCACCAAGGCUAAUAUGCUCUAUUGGAUGCAAUGGCUCGUGAAGGAUGCUGAGCCGCAUGAUUCCUUACUCUUCCACUAUUCCGGGCACGGCGGUCAACGAAGAGACCGAGACGGCGACGAAAUUGACUACAAAGACGAAUGUAUAUUCCCUGUUGAUUCUAUACCACUCACAGAUGCAUCCGAUGAGCAAAUUUUGAUUGCUCAUCGAAACGUUAUGAUUGACGACGAAUUGCAUCUCUGUCUCGUCACUCCACUCCCCGUAGGUGCCCGUCUCACCGCGAUUUUUGACUCGUGUCAUUCGGGUUCUGUUCUCGACCUUCCUUUCAUGUAUUCCGCGACAUCCGGAAAACUGAAGGAGGGCGAAUUCAUCGCUGAGCUGGAUGCUGAAAAGGCUGGGGAAAUGCAGAAGGGACGAGGGGUCUUGGCUGUAGAGAAGACAGAAAAGUGGAGGAUCAAAGAAAAAGUGUUUGAAAUGAAAGAUGUGUUAGAAGCAACAAAAGAUAUUUUACACGAGACUAGGGAGAAGUUAUUUGUGGAGAAAGAUGCUAAGGGUGCGUUGAUGGAUUUCGAGAAAUUGAACGGAGUUAAGGCACAUGUAAAACAAGUCGAAAAGCUUGAAAAAAGGAACGAGAGCUUGGCAGAUAUUGUUCUCAUCUCUGGAUGCAAAGACACACAGACGUCGGCAGAUGCAUCUGAAGAUGGUGUACCUACAGGCGCUCUGAGCUGGGGACUCAUGUCCACUCUGGAGGAGAAUCCGGAGCCUACGUACCUUCAACUCCUGGAUGGAAUACGGGAAAAGCUAAAACGGGAGAAAUAUGAUCAGCUUCCCCAGUUGUCAACGGGUCAUCCUAUUGAUUUGAGUACUAAAUUCAUUGCCUAGCAAUUGACAAAGUGGGUGGUGAUUGGUACCAUCAACUGUGUUCAUUUUUGCAUAGAAUUCAGGGUUUUGAGCUAAGCAUGGCAAGGCACUCUCGUGCCAGGUAGUACUGUAUAUAUCCCAUGUAUACAGUACAUAGUCAAUAAAAAAUAGGUUGCUGA